AUGACAACCAAAGAGGAGCCGUCCUUGCUCAUCAUCGGCGCCGGCACUUUCGGCACCUCGCUCGCCGUGCAUGCCUCGAAAUCCUACGCCGAUGCAUCAAAGAUCAAAAUCAUUGACCGCUGGUCGCCAGAUGGCCCUGUACAAGACAAAACGGCGGCAGCAGUGGACAUCAACCGGAUCAUCCGCACCGACUACACUUCACCGUUGUACUGCAACCUCGCCAAUGAAGCUAUUCAUUUCUGGUUCUGGGGCAUCGCUGUCCAAGGACACUUUCACAAGACAGGGUGGGUUGUGGUCGAUGGAUCGAGCGGCGAGCAGUUUGGCCAAGGUGUGAAGAAGACUUUUGAGGAGAGGGGGAGUCACGUGGUUGAGGGUAUUGAUGUGAACGGUCUGAUUGAAGAGCACGAUGUGUUGAAAGGGCUAGACAGUGAAGCGUUGGGGAAGGGGUACUUCAAUCCGGAAGCUGGGUGGUGCGAUGCAGCGAGUGCGACGAAGAGCUACCUGAGAAUUGCGGAAAGCCGAGGUGUGGAGCGAGUCACGGGAGAGGUCGAGGAACUGUUGAUGCGCGAUGAUGGACUGGGGGUAGCAGGUGUAAGAUUGCAAGACGGAACUGUGCUGACAGCAGAUAAAGUCGUCAUCGCCGUCGGGGCCUGGACCAGUAGCUUACUUUCACCUCUCGAAGACAAGCUGCGGAUCGAGGAGAAGGAUCGGAUUGAACGACAAGUCACAGCCGUUGGGAGGUUGUCCGCGUACUACGAUCUCAGCGAAGAAGAGUCGAAACACAUGAUGGACACCAAGCUACCUAUUGUCGUCAUAGGCGGCGAAGUCGACAUCAUCCCACCGUACCACCAUAUUCCAUCGCUCAAGGUCAACGACCUCAAGACUGAGUUUACCAACACCAUCACAACAUCUUCUGGGCGGCGGGUGACUGCACCCAGUAAGAAAAACCAGAUGCAAGUCCCUGCGAAACUUAUCCAAGAGAGCGAGAAGGUCAUCAAGGGCAGCAUGCCAGAAUGGACCCAGGCACGCAGUCCAGAUCGCUGGCGCAUAUGCUAUGACGCCGUCACACCUACAGAGGACUGGGUCAUGUCUCGCCAUCCGGACGACCGUUUGAAGAAUAUGUACAUAGCUGUCGGUGGCAGCUUUCACUCGUACAAGUUCUUGCCCAAUUCUGGAAAGUACAUGUUGAACGUUCUAAACGGGCAGAGCAACGGCGAAGAGAAGGACAGGGCAUGGAAGUGGAAGAGCGAGGACGAGUUGAAGCAAAGAGCGGCUAAAGAGUUUGGGGAUAGUCCACGGAAGGCUGAGAGAAGGGAGUUUAGAGACUUCGAGGAAGAGAAAGCAAGGUUGUAG